AUGGCAGGAGGGUCUAUUGGGCCGGCUGGUGUGGCCAAGGAGAGGGCAGAUCAGUAUCAAGGGAGAGUCACCUUUUCUGUCGCCAUUGCAUGUGUUGUUGCUGCUGUUGGUGGCUCUCUCUUUGGCUAUGAUAUUGGAAUUUCAGGAGGAGUGACAUCAAUGGAUGGAUUUCUUCGGAAAUUUUUCCAUGGUGUAUAUGAAAAGAAGCAGCAUGUACAUGAAAGCAACUACUGCAAGUACAAUGACCAGAGGCUAUCAGCCUUUACCUCUUCUCUGUACCUUGCUGGCUUGGUUUCAUCUCUGGUUGCAAGUCCUAUUACAAGAAUUUAUGGACGUAAAGCAAGUCUAAUCUGUGGUGGUGCCAGCUUUCUUACUGGAGCUACCUUAAAUGCCACAGCCAUCAACCUGGCAAUGCUCCUCUUGGGCCGGAUCAUGCUUGGAGUCGGCAUUGGAUUUGGAAAUCAGGCUGUUCCGCUAUACUUAUCGGAGAUGGCACCAACUCAUCUCAGAGGAGCUCUGAACAUGAUGUUUCAGUUAGCAACUACUACUGGAAUCUUUACUGCAAACAUGGUUAAUUAUGGAACACAAAAGCUUGAACCAUGGGGAUGGAGACUCUCUCUGGGUCUAGCUGCAGUUCCAGCUGUAUUGAUGACAGUGGGAGGGAUAGUUCUGCCCGAGACACCUAAUAGUUUAAUCGAACGGGGAAUGCGAGAUAAAGGGAGAAAAAUCCUAGAAAAUAUCAGAGGAACCAAAAAUGUUGAUGCAGAAUUUGAAGACAUGGUAGAUGCAAGCGAGCUGGCUAACUCAAUCAAGCAUCCAUUCAGGAACAUCCUUGUAAAAAGGAACAGGCCUCAAUUGGUUAUGGCAAUCCUGCUGCCCGCAUUUCAGAUUCUGACGGGAAUAAAUUCUAUUCUCUUCUACGCUCCAGUGCUGUUUCAAAGUAUGGGAUUUGGAGGUAAUGCUUCCCUUUACUCCUCAGCUGUGACUGGAGCAGUUCUUUGUUCCUCUACCUUCAUUACUAUUGCAACAGUCGAUAGAGUGGGCAGGAGAUUCUUACUUAUCAGUGGUGGGCUACAAAUGAUAACAUGCCAGGUAAUUGUUUCUAUAAUCUUGGGGGUGAAGUUCGGGGACAACCAGGAACUAUCGAAAGGUUACUCGGUGUUGGUUGUCGUUGUGUUUUGCUUGUUUGUUGUAGCCUUUGGAUGGUCAUGGGGUGGGCUUGGCUGGACCAUUCCAAGUGAGAUAUUUCCACUGGAAACCCGAUCAGCUGGGCAAAGCAUUACAGUAGCUGUAAAUCUUUUUUUCACUUUUAUAAUAGCUCAGGUUUUCCUGUCCCUCCUCUGUGCGUUCAAGUUUGGAAUCUUCCUCUUCUUUGCUGGCUGGGUUCUUGUCAUGACCAUUUUCGUUUACUUCUUCCUCCCUGAAACUAAGGGAGUUCCUAUUGAAGAGAUGAUAUUCCUGUGGAAAAAGCACUGGUUCUGGAAGACGAUAGUGCCUGAGAAUCCAAAUGAUGACAGUCCGAUAGACUCAGGCGAAAGAGUUGGAAGGACAACAGUUAUGUAG